AUGAGCGCUGGAGAGUUAACAUUAAAUGUAAAGUGUCAAGGUGGAGACAAGGGACAAUGUAACUGCGGUGCUGGUCCACUUCCUGGCAUUACUGCCAAAAAGGAGACUGACCUACAAUCUGUUAGAGGCUUUUACAGCUAUGUUCAUGAAAGAAAAACACCGUUUACACUCAAGAAAACUCUUGGCAAUAAUGAGGAACUAGAUGGGAAUGAUGUUGACAGUGUUACUAAGGUAUCGGUUUUCUAUUGGAAUGAGAAUGAGACUAGACCACUGCUCUUGGAGAUUAUUAAGAAUAAUAAUGACCUGGAAAAGGAAUACUAUUAUAAAUACGGGAAUAAUGAAAAUGAAGCUGCUGAUCAUCCUUCCUUAGAAGACUUUCCUAUGGUCACCACAGAUCCAAAUACUUUUGAUUUGGCAGUGCAGAACUCAUCGUCAUAUAGAUCCUUUGACGUAAAUAUUCAGGGAAUUUCCACAAAAGUCUAUGUUUCUACAUGUGGCAAUACAAUUAAAAAGGUUGUUAAUGGGAGCAAGGAUGUGUGGACAGCCACAAGUAAACAAGCACGCAUUUACUGCAUUGUAUUUCUAAAGGAUAAUAACUUGAGCAUGGCUCUUGUUAAGAUAAGGGAUAAUGAUAAUAAGGUUUCCUACAUACUUACCGAACUUGACAAGGAUAAAUGGGUAAUAUCUCCUGGUCACUCUAUUUCCGGUAGGGUUAACGGACUAAAGAAACCAACUGACACAAUUACUAGAUUCUCCAUUGACAUUUCUCUAGCUAAUAGUAAUGAUAAAUGCAUAGUUGAGAAUUAUGAAAGUAAUGGUCUUAAGGCCCGUUUCUAUCCUGCGCAAGCUGCUAUUGCCAUAGGGAAGAUUACAGACGGAAGCACAACUAUUGGUGAACUUAACAAGAGCUACACAUGUUACCUCUGUGAAUACUAUUCCAAAGGUGGUGUUACAAUCAUAAGAGUGCAUGCUCAAAAUAACUACAAUCUUACAAUGUUUUCUUAUAAAAAGGAUGCUGAUAAAUGGACAAGCAUAUCUGGAAGGGACUUCAGUGAUGAGCUUGUUAAAAUGAGCAACUAG